AUGACCGCCUCGUCAAGCAGCGAGGCGGGCGACUUGGAGAAGCAGCCGUUGCCGACCGAAACGGCACCGCCCCGCAACCACCAUCUGGAUGAGACCAAGGAAUACAGCGUCGAUGAUGAUGACGACGCAAAGACCACAAAGCGCGACGGCAUCGCGCGCCGGGGCAGCAGAGCCUCCAGCGGCCGCGGGCGUGGCCUAGCGUCACUUCACAGCAGCCGCAGCUCCUCCUCAGAGGGCGAUGGAGAGGCGGGGGACGAGGACGAGGUCGAGGUGGAAGAGGUCAUUGGGGAGGAGCACCCAAGCGUCCUCGACAGAGUCUUGAGUCGGGUCACGUCCAAAUCUAGCUAUGAUCCCGGGCCGCCCCCGGACGGGGGCUGGCUGGCGUGGACGCAGUGUAAGUCGUGCCGGCGAUGCGAGCUACGGCCGAGAAUACUGACCGGCGGUAGGCCUCGUCGGGCACAUUGUCAUCUUUAA